AAAUACACUAUAGGUCUAGAUCACGUAAUUGGCGUCCCUUGUCAAACUCAAUAACCGGUUCUCUUGGCUCGCAAUUUUUUGUGAUUGUCAGAUCUAAUAUUUAUUCAGCAGGAAUGCAUAUUAGAUGGCCUGAAUGUAUUCCGUAGUAAAUCCGUCGGUAGGUGGAGGUAUCUAGUAAUUAAAAUCCUUCUAGAGUAUAUCCGAAACGAAUCCGGUAAUAGCUCGGUCAUCGAGAGUUAACAUCGAGACCGAUACCGAGAUUCAAAGUUUAUAAAAAGCUACUUUCAUUAGACUAUCCAUCAUAAAUCAUUCCUCGGAAAAUCAUUUCUCAAUGAAAGAAGACGACAAUCUCACACUAAGGAAUGCAUCGGAAGUAGAUAUAGAGAAGAAAGCGGAUGUAAAUUUAACUGAAGAGGACAAAUUCCUAGUUGAAUUCAAAGAGAAUGACCCUCACAAUCCAAAGAAUUGGUCAGUCAGUCGGAAGUGGUACACAACUGUACUCACUUCUGUAUUCAUUUUGAGUAGUACAAUUGCAUCCUCGCUGCCAUCCACAAUUAUUGCCAAUAUGAUGAUCGAGUUUCAGACUACACAGACUAUUGCUAUCUGUACAAUUACUGUCUUCCUUCUUGGUUAUGUUUUCGGACCUUUGUUCUUUGGACCAGGUUCAGAAGUGUUUGGUCGUAAACCCGUGUUCGUGGUUACGCUAUUCGUAUAUGCGAUCUUCAACAUUGGAUGUGCACUUUCGCCAAAUAUUACCGGAUUGCUACUCUGCCGACUUUUCAGCGGUAUAGGAGCCAGUUCACCACUCACUAACAGUGGUGGUGUGCUAACUGAUAUAUGGGAGAUGGAUCAGAUAGCAAUACCGAUGGCUUUAUUCUCCAUAACACCAUUCAUGGGACCAGUUAUCGGACCAAUUAUUGGUAAUUUCAUGAUUAUCAAUGUAGAUUGGGAGUAUAUUUACUGGUUGUUACUCGCUUUCGGCGGUGUUUGCUGGUUACUCACAAUAUUCACAUUGAAAGAAUCAUAUGCACCAAUUAUUCUCCAAAAUCGCGCUCAGAAGCUGAGAAAGGAAACAGGAGACGAUAGAUAUUACACUAAAUAUGAAAAAGUUAAACCACCAAUGAAGGAGUUAAUAAAAGUUUCACUUACGAGACCACUUCUCUUCUUAUUCACUGAACCAAUCGUCAUAUUCUCCUCAAUUUACGUUUCCAUCGUCUAUGCAAUUCUUUACCUCUCAUUUGAGAUUGUUCCAUACGUUUUUAGAGGUGUCUAUGAAAUGAAGCAACAGAUUGCUGGGUUAAUGUUCAUCCCAAUCGCUAUUGGAAUGUUUAUUAACCUUGCGAUUAGUAUUAUAUUGCAAACUUUAGCUAAAAGAAGUCAAAGAAAGCCUACAUCAGAAGAUAGACUCGUCCCUGCGAUAUACCUUGGUGGACCAUGUUUGGUUAUCUCGCUAUUUUGGCUCGGAUUCACCAGCAAGCCAGAAGUUCCUUGGCAAUCACCAGCUGCAUCACUUAUAUUAUUCGGUAUUGCUAUCGUCUGUAUUUUCACUAGCUUUUUAAGUUAUCUUGCAGACGUAUACUCAACUUACUCAGCUAGCGCACUCGCAUCUAACACAAUCGCAAGAAGUAUUUUAGGUGCUGUAUGCCCAUUAUUCGUACAACAGAUGUUCGACGCUAUGGGUAUCGACUAUGCCUGUAUGCUUCUUGGUAUAAUCUCAUUCGUCCUUCUCGGAGUACCAAUUUGGUUUAAAAUUAAAGCAAGUAGUCUUAGAGCUAGGUCGAACUAUGCUCGUAAGGAUUAGACAAGACGGGUUGUCUUGCACAUUUCUCUUUCUUAAUAUUUAACGGAGUGGACAUUCUAUAGAUAAGUUAAGCACAUUAAUUCAUUGUAUUUUAAUUAUUAUGCAUCAUGUUUUACAUAAUUCGCAAC